AUGGCGGCGGCUCCGCUGCUGCUGUUGCUGCUGCUCGUGCCCGUGCCGCUGCUGCCGCUGCUAGCCCAGGGGCCCGGGGGGGCGCUGGGAAAUCGGCAUGCGGUGUACUGGAACAGCUCCAACCAGCACCUGCGGCGAGAGGGCUACACCGUGCAGGUGAACGUCAACGACUACCUGGAUAUUUACUGCCCGCACUACAACAGCUCUGGGGUGGGCGCCGGGGCGGGGCCGGGGCCCGGGCCGGGCGGCGGCGGGGCGGAGCAGUACGUGCUGUACAUGGUGAGCCGCAGCGGCUACCGCACCUGCAACGCCAGCCAGGGCUUCAAGCGCUGGGAGUGCAACCGGCCGCACGCCCCGCACAGCCCCAUCAAGUUCUCCGAGAAGUUCCAGCGCUACAGCGCCUUCUCGCUGGGCUACGAGUUCCACGCCGGCCACGAGUACUACUACAUCUCCACGCCCACCCACAACCUGCACUGGAAGUGUCUGAGGAUGAAGGUGUUCGUCUGCUGCGCCUCUACAUCGCACUCCGGGGAGAAGCCGGUCCCCACUCUCCCCCAGUUCACCAUGGGCCCCAAUGUGAAGAUCAACGUGCUGGAAGACUUUGAGGGCGAGAACCCCCAGGUGCCCAAGCUUGAGAAGAGCAUCAGCGGGACCAGCCCCAAGAGGGAACACCUGCCCCUGGCCGUGGGCCUCGCCUUCUUCCUCAUGACACUCUUGGCCUCCUAGCUCUGCCCGCCUCCCGCGGCAGGGAGAGAAGGGGCGGGGCUGAGAAGGAGCAAGGGAGCCUUUGACCUCUCCAAGGGAAGCCUAGCUACAUGUAGGGUGGGGAGGGGCCUGUACCCCUCCUCUCCUGGCUGGAAGUGGGGGUCUGCACCAUACAUCUGUGCCUGCCCCCUCUGCCCCCUCCCUCCAGGCAGGGCACUGUCGUGGACUAGGCACAGGUGCCCCCCACAGGUCCCUGGUGGCCUUGUGGCUUUGGUAAUAUUUGGUACCAAACUUGGGGGGGCCCAUUAAGGGCAGUGGCUCAGGACUCCCUGACCCCCUGGUACUUUUCUCUGGCCCUUGGUGCCCUCCCCCUUUGUCCCAUCAGAGAGGCAAAUAUGCCCCAGAGAGAGCGAAUGGCAACAUGGGAGGCACCCCUAUCACGCUCCUCCUGGGACAGAACAUGGGGAGGGGACUGGGUGGGUGAGGGGGUUGCACUGUCUGCUGCCUCCUUCCCCUGUUUACAGCAAUAAGCACGUCCUCCUCCCCCCACUCCCACUCGCAGGAUUGUGGUUUGGAUUGAAUCCAAGUUUACAAAUAGACACCCCUGGGGAGGCAGGCAGUGGACAGGGGUGACAAGGGGUGGGUGCCAGGCAGGCAUGUACAGACCCUCUAUCUCUAUAUAUAAUGUACAGACAGAGUCCUCCCUCCUGAACCCCGACCUUUCUCAACAUCCCCUUCCAGCCUCAAACCCUUUCCCCACCAGGCUAGGCCCCACCCCCCCUGGGGACCCCCGGCCCCUCUUUUGUCUUCUGUGAAGACAGGACCUAUGCAACGCACAGACACUUUUGGAGACAGUGAGACAACAAUGCCCCCUCCCUUCCAGCCCUGAGCCGGGAACCAACUCCCGGGACCUUGCCCUGCCCACCCUACAUGGUCCCCACCCAUCCUGGGCCUUUUUCAAGUGCUUUGGCUGUGACUUUCAUACUCUGCUCUUAGUCUAAAAAAAUAAACUGGAGAUAAAAAUAACUGAGUGCGUGUGAUUUCAAGGGGGCCAUCACCCUUCUGUUUUCACCAGCCAAGUCCCACAGGGCACAGGGCCCCAGGUAGGGAGGGGAUUCUAGGCCAAAGAGUCCACUGAGCACCUUGUGAUAAAUGGCUUGUCUCCUCUGAGAGAGGCAGCUCUGUGUGGAGAGAGCACAGGGGCUUCUUCGAGCGGGGGCCUGGAUAACUUUGGGCGAGUCCCUUAACCCCUCUGGGCUCAGGUAUUCCAUCUGAAAGCUGACCUAUCAUCUCUGUCAGGGUUGGUGUGAGGACAGAAUUCUGUGGGGAGUUAAGGCUCAGUCAACAAUGGGGUUCUCCUUUGCUUCUCACUCCAUGCUGCAAUCAGAGGUUCUUGGCUGGGGUCUAUAGAUUCCAGGGGAUUUGUGAACCUAGGUAGGAAAACAAUUACACCUUUAUUUUCACUCACCUGUAACAAACUGAACAUUCUCCUCUGUACUUGGGCGACAAGCCGUGAUAGUAUUAAUGGUACCUGUGACUGUAAACAACAGAGAUCACAGAUGUUUUCAGACUGCAUUAUAGUUGUUGAAGAUAUCUCAAAAUAUCAUUAAUGUGCAUCACUACUUUGAAAUAGUUGUUAGAUCUUCCUUGUUUUUAAUGUAUUAAUAAAGAAGCAUAUAUAUUACUAUACCAAAAAAUGUAAAUGUUUUGAUAACUGUGUUUCAAUAUAACUGGUUUCCUUUAUAAGCUUUUGUAAUUUUAUUCAUUUAAAAACAUGCU